AUGGCUGCUCAUCACUCCAGCCCUCUGUUCUUGGCCUCCCUGCUGGCCCUGCUAGCCCCAGUUCUUGCUCUGGAGAUCGCAAACCUGGGAAGGCUGAAUGCAAGGUUAUCUGAUAUCAUUAAUAUCCGCUCCUUUGAGCCUCUUCCCGAUGAAGCCGAAGACAGGGGGCAGGGGAAUCUGGAAGGUGAACCUCGGCAGGUACAGGGUAAGGCAGGCUUCCUCAGGGAUUGCAGUGAUCUCCCCAUUAACAGCCCCAGCGGCGUCUAUGUCAUCCAGCCCACGGGACAUCAGGCCGUCCUGGUGUACUGUGAGAUGAAUGGGCAGGAUGUGGGCUGGACCGUGAUCCAGAGGAACAACAGAGACACAUCAAUCACCUGGAACGAGUCUUGGAGCACCUACAAGCACGGCUUUGGGAACGUGAACUCUGAGUUCUGGCUGGGCAACGAGUACAUCUACCAGAUCACCAAGCAGAGGGUCUACCAGGUCAGGUUUCUCAUCUGGGAUGCUUCAGACAACAAGAAGUUUGCAGACUACAACCUGUUCAGCCUGGAUGACGAGUCCCAGGGCUACCGGCUGAGGCUGGGAGCGCACUCGGGGACGGCAGAGGAUGCCAUGGCCUCCGCGAGUCCCACCACUGUGCACGACAACAUGAAGUUCUCCACUAAAGAUCAGGAUCAGGACACUUCCAGUGGGAACUGUGCUUCCAGCUCCGGGGGUGGGUGGUGGUACUCGUCGUGUUACUCCGUGCAGCUGAACUUCAAGGGGCCCCUGACAUGGGGCAACCUGUGCAAGGGGAACUGCAGAGCCUCUGCCAUCCUCAUCAAACCCCUCACCUGCUAG